AUGGGGAAAAUCAUCAUUUAUGAGCAUGUCUACUUCCAGGGUUUGUCCAAAGAAUUCACCACUGACAUUGCCAGUCUACCUGAUGUGGGUUGGAAUGACAUUGUCUCCUCAGUGAAAGUAAUUGGGCAGCCUUGGGUGGUUUACGAGCAUGUAAACUAUACUGGCAAAUUUAUGGUACUUGAGGAGGGAGAAUAUAGCACUGUGGGUAAAGAUAUGAACGAUAAGAUCAGUUCUCUGCAGCUGAUCACUGAUAAUCUGCACAAUCCUCAAAUCACUCUCUAUGAACAUGUUGAAUAUAAAGGAAGGAGCAAGGUAGUAACAGAAGCAACCAGUCUGGCAGCUGGAGAUUUUGAUGACAUCAUAUCGUCUCACCAAGUCCAGAGAGGUGCCUGGCUGUUGUGUGAAAACAGUGAUGGAAGUGGAAUUCAAUACAUUGCCCGAGAACAUGAAGAACUCCCAAAUUACAACGCAAUCAACUUCAAUGACAAGCUUUCAUUCCUGCGUCCCCUUCGCCCUGGCCAUGGCCGUUAG